AUGUCUCGACAAUUGAUCUCUAGCGAGAAGUUUCCCACCAAACCACAUAACUGUCCCGCUGUGAAGGUGCCAGGACUUGUCUUUUGCGCUGGCCAAACUGCGACAGGAGAAAUCAAACAAGCUACCAGGACUGUACUUCAAAAUCUCAAAGAAGUACUCGAGCUUUCGGGCUCGUCAUUAGAUCGGGUAGUAAAGUACAAUGUUUACCUAGCGGACAUGAAGGACUUCGCUGCGAUGAAUGAGGCAUACAUAGACUUUCUACCACAGCCCAUGCCUUCGCGAUCAUGCCUUCAAGCGGUGGCACCUGGCAAUGGCACGGUUAUUGAGAUUGAAUGCAUUGCGCAAGCAUAG